UCAACCGUUUUUUUUCAUUCUUAACUUCCUCUGUCUAGAAAAUCCGCUUGUUUCUUACAAGUUUUAAAUCUAUCUUCCUUUUCCACAAGAACUCUGUUGGCAUUGAUUGAUACCAAAGACAUCAACGAUCUCUGCUACAAAACUAUCUUGCUCAGCAAAGGGCGGUUUUCCAGUUCAUGGGAAACCGCUCCUCAGAUUUCCAUUUCAUUUUUCAUCAAGUGAGACCUUUACCAGUUGUUGAAUUCUUUUAGUUUUUCCCUUUUUUUAAUGAAAUUUCAAGUCUUGUGAAAUCCCUUUGUUCAUCAUUCUUCCUGUAACCGAAGGCAAUUGGGUCUUUUAUCAUUGUGAUUUUGCGAACUGUAUGAUUAUCAAAGGAUUAAAAGUUUCUUGUGAAUUGGGUCUCUGUACCCAAUCCAGGACUAGUUGCAUAGAUUCUCGUUCAUAUUUAACGAAGAAUUCAGAGAAAUGGCCGGGAGUCGCCAUUGUUCAUUCCCUUUUCCUGGGGAGUGGGUGAAGGGCAAAGUUAUUGGGUCAGGAUCCUUUGGAACUGUCCAUUUAGCCAUGAACAAGGUUACCGGUGCACUUUUUGUUGUGAAGUCUACAGAGUCUCGUGCUGGACUUGAAUCUCUAGAGAAUGAGGCUACCAUUCUUGAAGGGCUGACCUCCCCCUUCGUUAUUCAGUGCAUAGGGAAGGAAUUAUCCCAUGGAUCAAACGGUGAACGUAGAAUCAACAUAUUCAUGGAGUAUAUGGCUGGUGGUAGUUUGUUUGAUGUGGCAGAGAAAUUCGGUGGAGCAUUGGGUGAAGAAGUGAUCCGGUUAUACACCCGAGAGAUCCUACAGGGUUUGAAGUACCUUCACGAGAAUGAGAUUGUGCACUGUGAUCUCAAGUGCAAGAAUGUGCUUUUAGGCUCCUCGGGAGAUGUAAAACUGACAGAUUUUGGAUGUGCAAAGAGGCUCAAGUACAUGAAAAACAAUGGGGAGUCAGGGCCGUCUAAGCAAUAUGCUGGAGGGACUCCUUUGUGGAUGGCUCCUGAAGUAUUGAGAAAUGAAGGAUUGGAUUAUGCUUCAGACAUUUGGUCCCUGGGGUGCACAGUGAUCGAAAUGGCCACAGGCAGGCCACCUUGGAGUGAUGAGGUUUCAAAUCCAGCAGCAGCAAUGUUGAAGAUUGCAUGUAGCAACGAGAUGCCUCGGUUUCCAUCAAACUUUUCGAAGGAAGGGUUGGAUUUCUUGAGUAAAUGUUUGGACAGGCAUCCAAAGAGGAGGUGGACAGCAGAGGAAUUGCUUGAACAUCCAUUUAUAUUAGGAAGAUCAGUCAGGAAUUCCAGCACAGAUGAUGUUUGUUCACCUGCAAGCAUUUUAGAUAUUGGCAUGUAUGAUGAUUAUGAUUAUGAUUCAGAUGAGUCAGAGAGUUGCAAUGAGGGAGAGUCCCUGUACACUAACCCAUUUUCCACAAGGCAUUGUAUUCAAAGGAAGGGAACAGUCAGAAGGCAGCAGGCAGGAAGUGCCCUGGAUUCGUUAGAAGAUUGGAUUACUGUUAGAUCUGGUGGACAAUUGUAGUUUUCAUCUGAUCCAAAAGACAUUUGUAAUAAUAGAUAGAUGAAUCUGAAUGUGCAGUGAAUAAAUAAAUAGGUUGUGCAACUAUACUCCUUGAGAAAAACUUCAA